AUGUCCUUCGCGCCAGGACCAUCCCGCCCAACCCUGCGGCGCCUCGACGGCACAGCGCCAGGCGUGCUCGACAGGUCGCAACCCCAGCGCAUCCUUGCUUCGUCCGGUGCGACGCUCUCCUUUGCCUCCUUCGACCCUUUCGUCGCGUCUGGCCCUUCCUCCCUCUCACGCAAGCGCGCGCUGGACCCCGACCCCGCUCGCCCGAGGCGCAUCGUCAUCGAAACCCCCCUGCGCGGGCAAAGCAAAUGGCGGUUCGUGCCGCGCGCACGUUACGCGCAGGGCGUCGUAGACGAGGGCUCGUGGCCGCGCAAAGUGAACAUAUGCGGCGAGCACUACCACUGCUCGGAAGAUCAGUGGGACAUCUACAAGCUUGACCUGAUGUACGAGUGCUUCGUCCCCGCGCCGCCGGACAUUCCCACCAUCCGGCGGAAGGAUCCCAGCUUUGACCACCUUUCGAUCAACGGGGAGAAUGGCUUCGCCAGGAAGCGGCGCGCUAUGUCGCCAGUCCAAGAAGACCCACAGUCGACUUUCGCUCCCAACAAGAAGUUCCGCACGGUACGAGACGAAAGGCUAGGCGUGGAUGUCGAAGAGGAGAUCACUUCGUCCGAUGAAGAGGAUGAGGUGGAGGAGAUCAUGGUUGAUGAUGACGAUGACGAAGAUACAGAAGACGAGGAAGAUACUUUCGGAAGCCCUCGAAAGCGCACAGACCGGGCUGCGCAGCGACACCGGGCCCGAGUGGACAGUGCUAAGGAGAGGAGACGAAAGCAGCAUGCCUCGAGUACUUCGAACCGGCGAGCAGGGAGUGCUGCACCACAGGCCCCUCCUCGAGCCAAGACUCCCGAGAUUGUCGACUUGACAAUGGACGACAACACAUCACAAGAACCCUCCCAAGAACCUACUCCCGAACGUGUACCGCGCCCGGAUAUCACUGCGACGGGGAACACCAAACGCAAAGGUGCGCCUGACCCUCCGGUGUUUUCGCAUCCCGCCCAUCUUCAAUUUUUAGUCUUCAACACUGUGGACCUCACGGAGGAUUCAUCGACGCCAGAUCGUUUCAAGCCGACGAAGCGUGCCCGAACAGUCUCCCCAGGGACUAUUCGUACGGAGCUCAAUCGCAAGCUCUCCAGUCGCCGUUCUGUCAAACCUCGCUCAGCCCGGGAGCCUUCUAAGGCCAGCCAGCAGCUCUGGGCAGAUAUUUUCGCUCAGGCCCCGCCUCCGAUUUUUCCAACCCCUCCGCCUUCCCAGAAUAACGAUGCUCGUCGCGAUGAGAACACGCAGUCAGACUCUCCGCCUCAGACUCUGGAAGAUUGGGAAGAAGCGCAGCGUGUGGCCACCAUCGAAGAGUCGAGACGAAAGCUAGCCGAGCUCGAGAAGGACCGCCCACUCUGGGACCAAGAGGCCCGGAAACGCGAAGCGCAAGCCCGUGCCGAGCAAGAGGCCCUACGCGUGCGCAAGGAGGCGGAGCGCCGGCUCGCCGCGGAGGCCCUCGCCCGCGAAGAGUUCGAACGCCGCCGCGCCGCCCGCGCCGCUGCCGAGGCCGAGCAGCGCGCACAAGCCGAGCGCGCGCGGAUCGAACGCGAGCGGCAGGCGCGGCGGCAGCGCGAGCGCGAGCGGUGGGCGUACGGGCCCGCGGAGAACCCGGCCGAGUUCGAGGCGAUCCCGUGGCCGGUGUUGCUCUCGCCGGUGAUGCUCCGGGUGGAGGACAUCGACUGGGCCGCGGCCGUCGUGGAGAAGAGCCACAAGCGCUUCCACCCCGACAGGUGGCGGGCGAGGGGCGUGCUGAAGAGCGUCGCUGACGAGACCGAACGUGGAAUUCUGGAAGUCGCUGCAACCACCGUUUCGCAAGCGUUGACGCCUAUCUGGAAGGACACGAGGAGUUAG